GGCGGCCCGCGGCGGGGCGGCGCGGCCAAGAGCAAGAGCCGCCGCAGGAAGGGCGUCAUCGCCGUGUCGGUGGAGCCGCACCGGCACGAGGGCGUCUUCAUCUACCGCGGGGCGGAGGACGCGCUGGUCACGCUGAACAUGGUGCCCGGCCUCUCGGUGUACGGCGAGCGGCGCGUCACGGUGACCGAGGGCGGCGUGAAGCAGGAGUACCGCACGUGGAACCCGUUCCGGUCCAAGCUGGCCGCCGCCAUCCUGGGCGGCGUCGACCAGAUCCACAUCAAGCCCAGGUCCAAAGUGCUGUACCUGGGCGCCGCGUCGGGCACCACGGUCUCCCACGUCUCCGACAUCAUCGGCCCCGACGGGCUGGUCUACGCAGUCGAGUUCUCCCACCGCGCCGGCCGCGAUCUGGUCAACGUGGCCAAGAAGCGAACCAACAUCAUCCCGGUGCUCGAAGACGCCCGGCACCCGCUCAAGUACCGCAUGCUCAUCGGGAUGGUGGACGUGAUCUUCGCCGACGUGGCCCAGCCUGACCAGUCCCGCAUCGUGGCUCUGAACGCCCACACCUUCCUGCGCAACGGGGGCCACUUUCUCAUCUCCAUCAAGGCGAACUGCAUCGACUCCACCGCAUCCGCCGAGGCUGUGUUUGCUUCGGAGGUGAGGAAGUUGCAGCAGGAGAACCUGAAGCCUCAAGAGCAGCUGACCCUGGAGCCCUAUGAGAGAGACCACGCCGUGGUCGUCGGAGUCUAUCGGCCCCUUCCCAAGAGCAGCAGCAAGUAGCACCCCGCUCAGCUCUCCUUGCGGAUCUCCCCAAGACUGUGUUGUGUUGGGUAUUAUUAUGGGUCUGUUUUCUCUGUAUUUUGUUGUUUUUCUAUUAAACGGCAUAA